UCGCGGGCGAUUUCUCAUAUUGCCCCUCGUGUAAUAGUCUCAUUUCUUUACGUUUACUUACAUAAAUUGCGUUAUAUAAAAGUGUAAUUAAAUAGUUUCUGUUGCUUUAUCUUUAUAUUAGUGUCAAAAUCGAGGACGUUACAGUGCCUUGCGCGAAUACGUGUAUUGAUUUUUCAAGUAUUGAUUUUCUUGAGCACGCUAAUAAAUGGCUAGACAUAAAGUGGCUGCUGUAGAGGUCCAUGCUGAAGAUGACGACUUUAGCCCCGAUGAUUGCUUCGGCAUCAGUGUUGAUCUCAUCGACGAACGAUUAUACUUAGGUAACUUGGCCUGUGCAAGAGACUACAAAUAUCUGGAGCAGCUACAGGUCACACACAUCCUCACAAUAGAUGUGGUGCCACUUCCUCGGUCUAUACUUGGGCGAGCCAACCUUGUAUUCCAUUAUAUUAAAAUGGCUGAUGUACCAAAGGAGGAUCUAAUAAGUCAUCUGCCUGAGACAAACAACUUCAUCAAACAAGCCAUUGCAGAUGGAGGAACAGUUCUUGUACACUGUCAUUUUGGAGUGUCACGAUCAGCUGCCGUAGUGAUAGGCUACAUCAUGGAAAAGUAUGGAUUAUGUUAUGAAGAUGCAUUUUCCUUAGUGAAGAGUAAAAGACGCUUUGUGGGCCCGAACGUAGGGUUUGUAGCCCAACUGAAACUAUUUGGACAUAUGGGUUAUACAAUCAACAGAGAUGAUCCACGCUUUAAACAGUUUCGGUUGAAGUUAGCUGGACAGAAAUUAAAGGAAGUGAAGAUCUUGCCCCAGUUGUUUGCGGACCUAGUGAAGCCGGACCCAGGAUUAGUGAGGGAGCGACCAGACCCCAUCGUGUACCGCUGCAAGAAGUGCAGGCGUAUUGUAGCCAACCAGAGCAAUAUCAUACCUCAUAUACCUAAACCUGUUAAGGUGGAAUUGGCUAAGAAAGGUAUUCGUCCCCCACCAAGCAAGUUAACAGGCCUGACGUGUGCGGAGAACGGAGAGAUUCUGCUAGAGAAGCUGAAGACCCUGGCGUCACAGAUCAUGGAUAUGCGGCGUGAUGAACAAUACGAGGACAGCAGUCCAGGGCAGAGUCAGAGCCAGAGUCAGAGUCAGCCCAGUGAUAGUGAGGAGGGAACCAGUCAGGAUCACGACCCUCGGCAAGCGUUAGACGGGUACAACGAGAUGAACAUGGUGGACUCGAACAUAGCGGCGCGCGCCGACCUGCCCGAGAUCUGUCGCCUCAUGUGGUUCGUGGAGCCCAUGGCCUGGAUGCGUGACGUCACUCACGCCACGCAGGGCAAGCUGCACUGCCCCAAGUGUCUCAAUAAGAUUGGCUCCUUCAGCUGGAUUAUGGGUUGCAAGUGUCCGUGUGGCCAGAAGGUGGCGCCGGCGUUCUACCUCGUGCCUUCCAAAGUGGAGUGGUCAAACAUCGUGCAGAAUGUACAGAUCACUGUUUGAAACCCGGUAGUAUACACUACAUACAGGAAUAUUAUGAUCAGAAUCAUGGAACAAAUCGAGCGAAAUUCAAAUGAAAAAGAGAUUAAUGGCUUUAAUUAACAUCAACUUUGUCAUUAACAAGAGUGAGCCUAGACCCACCAUUUGUAUGACAUCUUGCAGAUACUAAAAAGACAAAUACGAUAGAUUUACGGUUGAUCCGUUGAUUGAGAUGACGUUGUGACGCAAGUACGUACGUUAGAAUGAUACACAGUGGAGUUAAGUUAAUGCGCAAGACGAGGUCUAUUAAAAAUAAAGGUAAAUAUGGUAAAACCAUCAGUUUGACCGUGUAGGGACUGACAAGAAUAUUAUAAAAUAUACAAUACGACUAGAAUAUUGCUAGAAAUGUUUUGAAACAAAGAACCAAUAAUAUAUCCGAACUGUUGUAACAAUAUAAAUAGGAAACUUCAUACAUACUAUUGUAAUCUAUUCACACAAUUUUAAGUAGAUUGUUGUCUUCUUACCACUUGUAAAUCUUGAUAUUUAUUCGCAAACCUCAAUAGGCAAAAAUUAAACCUUUGCAUUGUACUUACCCACGUUAUAAUAGUGGUCUAUUAGGUCCAUAACAACCAACAAAAGAUAUGCAGUUGUAUGAAGGGAUUUAAUUUGGUUAAAUUGGGCAUCAAUUUGGGGAUUUUAGAUUCAAAUCUUAUAUAUGUUUUGGUGUCUCCAUUGACACCACAGUUGCUUGAGUGGCCGUGCGAUCUUGAUAAAAUACGGACUAUAACUAGGUUGCCCAUAGGUAGGCGUGCUCCAUCGUUGGCCACAUCAUCGCUUACCAUCAGGCGAGAUGGUGGCCAAAUUCCAUCCUAUAAGUAUAAAAAAUAGAUGUACCUACUCAUUUGAGAGUGACGAUUGUGUAACUAAACAUACUGAGCUCUUCCCUAACUAUAUGAAGCUAAUAACUUGAUUCUGAAAAGUUGGAUGUAGUAUUCAAGUACACUCUCCCCAGUGUGAAAAUAGGUGUGGUGUUAUUUUAAGCUCAAGUAAGGUAAAUAAGCCCCUUAGUAAGGAAAAUUAUGUAUAAUAAUUAUAAUGAAUCCAGUAAGGGUAUGCGGUGCCAUAAAUUCGUGUGCUUACUUCUUCCGUACGUAUGCCUUCCCAACAAUAAUAUUAGAGUAGUUUUGGUGCUUCAAAUCUAGGUAUUUAAUUUAAAAAUCUAGAUAUUAAAAUUCUCCCCCUAAUCUACUUGUGUUGUAGACAUGUAUGUACUUCCAGUAGCUUUUAUUUCAGGUAUAUCCUAUAUGAUUGUUGACUGUUGGCUUGUAUAGAAUUUAAUAUGAUAAUUAAACUAUGUUUUAAUA